AGCCGUGAGAGGGCAGCACCAGUGCGCGGUAUUUAAAUAUUUUUGUUGUCAAUGAAAUAUUUAGAAAGUUUUGAAAGUCUGAGGUUUGGUGGAGUUGACACAAGUGUUUCGAGGAAAGAAAUAGAGAGGACAAAAGACCAUCAGAAUCCCUCCUCCGUGUCGCUAUGUCAGGUGACCUCCCAGAGACUGUUACAGAAUCAAAACCGAAUAAAGUUCUACAUGAUGCUUGUGAAGAUCUUUGGGCUGAGAUUUUAAAAGCUCAUAAAGCCGGGUCCCAGAAGACUUCUUCACCAGACGAACCAAUUCCAGACGUAACAGGGAAAUACCUCCAGGCUGCCGUUGAGAUUGGAGACAACAUUCCAGAAGGUUUACCUGUUGACAGUGACUUCCGACAGAAAUACGUCAUCCAGCAACUGAAGAGCACCAUCAGGGAACAAGAGAACUUGCUGUGCUUGAUGGAUUUGAUGGAGACAACGCUAAUCAAUCAGCUACAACAAGAAGAAGAAGAUGACAUGAAAAUGAAAUCUAUAACAAAAGCCCUGACGGAAUCAUCAUCGAAACGAGCUGAAGCUGGUGGAAUUAAUGAGAACAAAUAUGUUCAGGAAAUCAAACAUCAAAUUGAAAUGAUGAAAGAAGAACGACUGUGGUUAUCAAAAAGCCUGGUUAACUUUGUUUCCAAAUAUUUCCCUAAAGUGCAUCAAUCGACAUUGUUUUCCACAACGAAGGACAAAGAGCCAUACUCUCUAAUGAAGAUAAUUAUGACUCUCAUUGACCGCAACUUGAAUCAUCCCCAUGACACUUAUAUAACAGUCAACUCUCGUUUCUCACUUGAUUACCUGGAACUUUUGAAGGAAUGUCGCAUUAUAGAAUGUCACCCAAAGUAUGAAUUAAAAGUUCGCCUGAUACCACACAUUCUUCCAUAAACGAAAGUCAAGAGAGCUAAGUGGACACUCGUAAUGACUGGCUCAACCAUAAAGUCAUUCACUUACGGCACUUCAGCUCUUUCUCUAAUAUUUUGUAGAAAGAAAUUCUUGUAAUUUUAGAUAAUGAAAUUCUUUUUUCACCUUAAAUGUCACUAUGCAGAGCAGUGGACUUGCUCCAGUUAGCAGUGAUUGUACAGGGAGUCACCUGACUUAUUCCCGUUAAAUGUGAUUGUACAGGGAGUCAUUUGACUUAUUCCUGUCACAUGUGAUUGUAUUGAGAGUCACUUAUUUUAUUUACAUUGUGAAAUUUUCAUUAGUUUUACGAUGUACGUUUUUAUUUAGAAAAUAAUUAAAGUAUUGUUGCUACCAUGUAACUGUAUUUAGACAGAUAGGCUAACGAACCUAGAUUUAGACUCAUUUUACUAUUUUAAUUAUUAAGGGGUGGCCACCUCGCAGAAUCCUUAAGCACAUUGUGCAAAAUGUAUAGUCCAAAUGCUGUCGAGGUCACCUUUACCUUUCAUCCUUUGUGGCAGGGUUUAAUAAAAUAAGUACCAGUUAUGCAUUGGGGGUCGAUGCAAUCAGCUUACCCCCCUCCCCCAGAAAUUUCUAGCCUUGUAUCAAAAUUUUAAUUAAUUAAAUUAUUGAAUUACUACUGUCUCAGUUUAUUCCCUCCAUCUCCUCUGUUGCUACUAUAAUAAUUUCUAUUCUCUGUACCGUUUCUUUCUGCUAAUCAGUCACAGGACCUUACUAGUUUUUAUGUCCACCUCAUAACGCUGAUUGCAGGUGAAAGUCUUAACAUUUACUUUCAUCUUCACCCAAGUUCUCUGUGAUGUGUAUUUACGAGACCUAAAUUUAUAUUGGUUUACAACUUGGCACAUCAACCACAUCUGAUUUUUUAGAGUUAGCCACUGCCGUCGUAUGUUCAAUAAUUUCAAAUUGAUCUCUGCACAUAAGAUUUGAAAACCAUGGAAUCCUUGAAGGUAUGAAUAGGAUUUCAUUUGGUUCCCAGAUGAAAUCUAUAUUCCGUUUUAUAGCAGUAAAUAUUCUCAUUUCACCUGGAAUAACCGAACACCAUUUAGGUUCCACAAAGCUUAUUCCAAACAAGUUAUUUGUUCUACAAAAUUUCUGAAUUUUUGACUGUAAGUAGGCUAUUUUAUAAAUAUCUUGUUUCCAUAACAACCACCCCAAACACAUCCACUCAUUAUAUUUUUUGUAUAUAUGUCCAUCUAUGACUUUCAACUGCAUCUGGUAGUGGGGCUUUGGUUCAGGAAUCUCAGGAUUUUGAAGAAUGUGGAACCACCUCUUAGCCACUAUUGUUCUAGGUCUACACUGACCCAGAGCUGUAGCACUUGUCAGGGUCCCAGCAUGUGAUGACAAUCUGUCUGAGCACAGGGAUGUAAAAAAAUACCCUUGGUUGGUGUCAGAAUGCAGUAAAACAACCAGGAGUGAUGGACUCCUAACUUGUCAUGGCAUCCUACUGGGAGAGGGACAUCAUCAUCAUCGUUUAAUGUCUGCUUUCCAUGCUAGCAUGGGUUGGACGAUUUGACUGAGGACUGGCGAACCAGAUGGCUGCACCAGGCUCCAAUCUGAUUUGGCAGAGUUUCUACAGCUGGAUGCCCUUCCUAACACCAACCACUCCAAGAGUGUAGUGGGUGCUUUUUACGUGCCACCGGCACGAAGGCCAGUCAGGCGGUACUGGCAACGACCACGCUCAAAAUGGUGUAUUUUGCGUGCCACCUGCAUAGGAGCCAGUCCAGCAGUACUGGCAAUGAACUCGCUCAAAUGUCUUCACGUGCCGGGAAGGCGACGUUGGUAGCGAUCACGUGGGCACUGAUGUAAAAACCUGUGCUUUCACAUGAUCAUUUUGCUUUGGCCUAUCACUAGGUACUAAUCACAAACAUUUAAUCACGAGUGGCACUCGUGUUGUACAAGAGUCUAUCCUUGUAAUCCAAUGUUGUACAAAUGUCUCUUUACGGUGACUUCUUUUCUCAUUCCAUCUCCUGAAAGUGCUAUGGCGAUGGAAGAGUAAUGAUGUGAGCAGACCUAACGACGAGGAAGCAGGCAGUAAGUUACAACUCUAUGUCUGUCGACUUUGCUCUGAACCAGGCACAUCUGCAAUGAGACUGAAUAGUUGUCAUCUGAGAGGUCAUGGGCGGAGAGUCAGAAGUGCUACUUACAACAAUCAUUAUGAAUGUAUGCAAAAUAAAAUGCUGGGCAACCAAAGACAUGCUUUCCGUCUUUCCUUUAUUACUUAGUCAUAUGUGGAGGUGCUAUGGCCCAGUGGUUAGGGCAGUGGACUUGCGGUUUCAGCUCCCAGACUGGGCGUUGAGUAUUUAUUGAGUAAAAACACCUGAAAGAGGGAUGGGGUGGUGACCAACCCUGCUGUACUCUUUCUUCCUGUUUCUGUUGUACCUGUAUUUCAAAGGGCCAGCCUUGUCACACGAGAACUAUGCUAAGGGUACACGUGUCUGUGGAGUGCUCAGCCACUUACAUUAACUGGAACCCUCGUCAUCAUAACCGCCACUUAGAGAUCACUGCAUCAGCCCCUUUCAUGUUUCAACUCUACACACUGGGAUUCAUAUAUUACCUAAGGGCUAAUGUUUCCCUAAAUAGAUAUAUUAAAUAUAUCCCAGUAAUACCUCUUAUAAAUUGGAAUUCAACCGUACUACAAUCCGUGAGUUCUCUCCCUUAUUUCAGUCAUUGAAUGAAGUUAUAACAUUUUGUUACAUUUGACGAAUAUUUGUCCUCAUCUUGUUUGUUGCUAACACAACGUUUCGGCUGAUAUACUCUCCAGCCUUCAUCAGGUGUCUUGGAGAAAUUUCGAACCUGGGUUACUUUUCGAUGUUGUUGUUAUUAUUCAUGUCACUGCCUGGAAUCGAACUCGGAAACUUGGGGUUAGUAGCCCACGCUCUUAACCCCUGUGCACAAUUAUGGAGUGAAUUUUAGGGCUUAUAAAUCUAAUAUUUUCCUUAAUACCGUUUCCCAUAUUCUGCUCAUAUCUGCACUCGGUCUGCUUAGGAGGUUGUUAUGUCCUAGCAUAUGUGUUGCUUCUUUUAGUUUUUGUAUUUUCUAGUGGUAUUCUUUGUCUAUUUUUUUAACUUCAUCCCACAAAGGGGAGGUGGUCUCCAUUUUUCCGUUCAUGUAUUUAUAUAUUUGACAAUAAAAAAAAAAAAAGAAAAGAAUGACUUCAGUGGUAGAGAAUUAA